AAGCUCACAAAAUGGGCAGAAGAAAUGACCAUCCAUAUGGCAACUAUUUCAGAGGGAGAGGACACACCUAUUUUGCAGCAGAAGAAGCUCUGGGCAUUGGACUUUUCAUUUUGGUGCUGGCAACUUUGCUUGCCUUUGGCUGCUGGUAUUACAAAAGACGGAGUGGCUAUAAAAGUCUGCAGAGCAAAAGCUCUAGUGUGAGCACAGCACGAAAUGUGAUAGGUGAGGGAGCAACACUGGACUGCAAAAUGACUCUGCAGGACUACAGAAACUUUAAUUCUGUGGUACCUGAUGCUCCACCAGCUUAUGACAAAAUUGCUGCAGAUCAGUCACCACCACCUUAUUCACCAUGA